GAAAAACCCGUAGGCUUAAAAAUGGGGGCUCGGCGAGCGCUGCAUUUCGUGUUCAAAGUCGGCGACCGAGCCCAGACGGCCCGUUUCUACAGGGAGGUUCUGGGCAUGCGCGUUCUCAGGCAUGAAGAAUUCGUAGAAGGUUGCAAAGCUGCCUGUAAUGGUCCCUAUGAUGGCAAAUGGAGUAAAACCAUGGUGGGGUAUGGCCCAGAAGACGAUCACUUUGUGGCAGAGUUAACCUACAAUUAUGGCGUUGGAGAGUAUCGUCUUGGCAAUGAUCUUCUGGGGAUGACUGUUGUGUCCCAACAAGCAGUGAGCAAUGCUAAGAAACUGGAAUGGCCCCUCAAGGAAAUCUCAGGAGGAGUUUAUCUGGCUGAAGCUCCCGGAGGCUACAAAUUCUACCUAGAAGACAGAAAAUCACCAAAGCCAGAUCCAGUGCUGAAGGUCACCUUAGCUGUCUCUAGCCUUCCAAAAUCAGUGGCCUUCUGGUCAAGGUUGCUGGGCAUGAAGAUCUACCAGGAGGAUGAGCCCCAGCAACGGGUUCUGCUAGGCUACGCAGAGGACCAGUGCAAGCUGGAGCUGCAGGGCAUUGGCCAAGCCGUGGAUCAUGGCACGGCCUUCGGACGGAUUGCUUUCUCUUGCCCAAAGGAGCAGCUUCUGGAUAUCGAAACCUUGAUGAAAAAGGAGAACCAGAAAAUCCUGACUCCUCUCGUGAGCCUGGAUACCCCUGGAAAAGCGACUGUUCAAGUGGUCAUCUUGGCGGACCCUGAUGGCCACGAAAUCUGUUUUGUUGGGGACGAAGGCUUUCGGGAGCUUUCCAAGGAGGAUGUGAACGGCGAGAAGCUCUUAGAUGAGGCGAUGGCAGCCGACAGGAGCGACGAAUGGUUUGCCGAGCAUAACAUUGCAAAGGCUUCCGCCUAG